AUGUCGAUUGGAAAGUUACAAGUGUUACAACCGUUUGAUCCAAGCGCGGACGAUUGGACGUUGUAUGUGGAUAGGUUAGAACAAUAUUUCAUCGUGAAUACCGUAACGGAGGAAUUGAAAGUCCCUACGUUAAUUACAGUGAUGGGCAGUGCAAGUUACGAGUUACUAGUGACAUUGUGUACGCCGGACAAACCGUCAACAAAGAAAUUUGAAGUGUUAAAAGAACUGAUGACUAAUCAUUUACAGCCUAAAAGGAGCAUAAUGGCGGAACGUUACAAAUUUCGUCAACGAAUACAAAAAAAAGGCGAGUCGUUGGCUGUCUAUGUCGCGGAUUUAAAGAAGUUGACUAAAUAUUGUGACUUUAAGACUGAAUUGGAAAAUAAUCUGCGGGAUCAAUUCGUGUGCGGCAUAGCGGACGAUACUAUUAGGCAGAGGUUGUUCGUAGAAGACGGGUUGACAUUCGCCAAGGCCUGGAAGUUGGCGGUUGCCAUGGAGGCCGCAGAGAAAGACGCAGCGGCAGUCGAUAGUAGGACGCGCGGCACUGGUAAAGAGGUCGUGGAAGUGCUAUACGCAUCGGCCAGCGGGGCCAGAACACAGGGCUCGUCGGGGCCCUGGAGGGCUAACGGGGCAAACCAGGCAGCGGGGCGCAGCAAGGCGGCGUCGCAGGCAUGGGGCGGACGCGCGCAGGCGAAGCCGGCGCCCGUGGCGGGAGCGGCAGGAGCGCCGCGCGGUCGCGAUCAGGGCCAGUGUCGUGCUUGUGGCGGCAGUCAUGAUGCGGCGACUUGCAAAUUCCGCAUUUAUUCUUGUCGCGUAUGCAUGCAACAAGGUCAUCUAAAGAAGAUGUGUCCCCGACUACAAACCGGAGCGAGGGUGCAUGCGUUGGAUGCAAAUGAGGAGGAUGAGGAGGAGUUGUUGAACGAGGUACCAUUUAACGCUUUAUCUGUAACCGUUUAUGAUGACAUUGGACGUUAA